AUGAAGAACUUGAGGUGGCACAAGCAAAUUUCCAACAGUGGCAAGUUGGGGAGAAGACUUUCGCUUGGGGAGUACAACCGCGCAGUGUCAUGGUCUAAGUAUCUGGUGUCUCCGGGGGCUGAGAUAAAGGGAGAAGGAGAAGAAGAAUGGAGUGCAGAUAUGUCUCAGUUGCUCAUUGGAUCCAAAUUCGCUUCUGGCAGGCACAGCAGAAUCUACAGAGGGGUUUACAAGCAAAAGGAUGUGGCAAUUAAGAUAGUGAGUCAACCGGAGGAGGAUGAAGACUUGGCUGCUUUUCUUGAGAAGCAAUUCACUUCUGAGGUCACUUUGCUCCUUCGAUUAGGCCACCCAAAUAUCAUUACUUUUAUUGCUGCUUGCAAGAAACCUCCUGUCUUCUGCAUAAUUACUGAGUAUUUGGCUGGGGGUUCACUGGGAAAAUUCCUGCACCACCAACAACCAGAUAUACUUCCACACAAACUUGUUCUGAAGUUAGCCCUUGACAUUGCACGGGGGAUGCAAUAUCUUCAUUCUCAAGGGAUUCUUCAUAGGGAUCUCAAAUCUGAGAAUCUCCUCUUGGGGGAAGAUAUGUGUGUAAAGGUAGCAGAUUUUGGUAUCUCAUGCUUAGAAUCUCAGUGUGGCAGUGCAAAAGGAUUCACCGGAACAUACCGUUGGAUGGCGCCCGAAAUGAUCAAAGAAAAGCAUCAUACCAAGAAAGUAGAUGUGUAUAGUUUUGGCAUAGUUCUGUGGGAGCUUUUGACAGGAAGGACUCCAUUUGACAACAUGACACCAGAGCAGGCAGCAUUUGCAGUUUCCCACAAGAAUGCAAGACCACCAUUGCCAUGUGAGUGUCCUUGGGCAUUUAGUGAUCUGAUGAAUAGAUGCUGGUCAAGCAACCCAGAUAAGAGGCCUCAUUUUGAUGAGAUAGUGACCAUUUUGGAGUACUACACCGAAUCACUUGAACAGGAUUCAGAGUUUUUGUCAACUUACAAACCGAGUCCUAGUAGCAGUAGUAACACAAUUCUGGGGUGCCUCCCAAAAUGCAAUGUUCGCCAUAAAUUUGGUGCUUGCAAAGCUUAG